AUGCCAGGCCCCGUAGUGCCCGCGCGGCGCCAGCCCCGCGUGCGCCUUUCCAACUUUCAGCAAGCCAAAACGAGUGCGACACCGCCACCCGUGCAGCCGGCCCAACGUUCCAGAUACACUUGUUGCGAAUCCCCCGAGAUUGGCGAAGAUGAUGGCAGGACCGUCUGCUUCAACUGCGCUACGGUCCACGACGAAAGCAAUAUCGUUUCCGAGAUCACGUUCGGCGAAACCUCCGGCGGCCGCGCCAUGGUUCACGGAGGCACAGUUGGAAACGAUCAACGGCAUGCGAAUAGCAUGGGCGGACAAGCUUCGGGGAUCAGCGGUGGCGACAGCGGCCAGACCACUGCGGAUAGGGGCAAGAGCGCCAUCAACAGCAUCUGCUCCAAAAUCAACCUUCCGUCAGACGGCGUUAUCGCCAUCAAUGCCAAGAAGUGGUAUCAACUCGCACUCAACCACAGCUUCGUCCAGGGUCGCGGUAUCUUCAAGGUCGCCGCUGCUGCCAUCUACCUCGCUUCCCGAAGACACAAAGGGAGCACCGUGCUGCUCAUGGACCUAGCCGAGAGCAUACAGGUCAAUGUCUGGAAUCUCGGGACCGUGUACAGGUCAUUCUGCCAGGUGCUUAUGGCGGAUGACUCGUCGGGAGUCAAUGGGAAUGACGUUCUCGAGAUCGAGCCGCUCAUGCUGAAGUUCUGCCAGAGGCUCGAGUUCGACCAAGAUUCGCACAGAGUGGCUGCCGAUGCUUGCCUGAUCCUGAAGCGAAUGUCAAGAGACUGGAUGGUGCAAGGACGCAACCCUGCAGGCUUGUGUGGCGCAUGCAUUAUCCUCGCUGCCCGCAUGAACAACUUCCGCCGUACCGUUCGAGAAGUCGUUUACGUCGUCAAGGUCGCCGAUACUACCAUUAACCAACGUCUCUACGAGUACAGACGCACGCAAAGUUCCCAACUCACCGUAAAGCAAUUCCGAGAAUAUGCACCGCUGUUGAAGACUAAGAUUGCUCCUCCUGCAGUCUACUUGCGACAUGAGAGGGAACAGAGGGCUGAAGCACGAAAACGAAAAGUAUCCGAGCUUGAAACCGGCGAGCCUGAGAAUUUUGACGAACUAGAUGACACAGUGGAGGAUAUUCCUGAAGGCGCAACACCGCCGGUACCGAGUCAACCGACCAAGCGCCAGGCGGCUAUGAUGAAGAAACGUAAAUCUAAUAGCGGAGAGCCGUUGCCCACCCCAGCGCAAACCCAGAAUUCAGAUCAGGCGAACGGUGAGGGUACCGAAGACAUGGUCGUAGACGUCGAUGCUUUGGCCGCUUUGGCCGGAGAUGACAUUGAUGCGGGCCUAGACGCUUUGGCGAGCGCCGAGAAUGCGGCCGCGCCAGACGAGGAAGGUAUCGUCGUUCCGAAGAAGCGUGGACGCCCGAGGAAGAAGCGCCCUCUAGUAAUCGUCCCCGAAGAAGACCUAGAAGUAGAACACGAGCUUGAAGAGGAAAUGCUAGAGGCCAUGUCGAAGUGGGAAGACAUCUUCAAGGAGUUCAAAGAGAACGACAAUCACGCUACAUUCAUCGAUAGUCUCGAGAGGGCACGCAAACUCGUCGAACUGCACAAGCCCGACCGCAACGUAAAUAGCGAAGAAGAGAUUGGCGAAGAUGAAUUCCAGGGCGACCCAGACGUGGACUUCUGCGAAUUAUCUUAUGAGGAAUCUCAAGCCAAGGAGAGGAUUUGGCUCAUUGAGAAUGAGGACUGGCUUCGCCAGCAGCAAGAGAAGAUCCUCUUGAAAGCCCUCGAGGAGGCAAGAGGCAACCCGAAGAAGCCCAAGCAGAAGCGGCGAAAGCAACAGAUGGGCGAUGGUAGCAUACUCGAUGGCCAACCCGCUGCCAGCGCGCAGGAGGCUGCGAAGAAGAUGCUCCAGAAGCGUGCUAAGCACUUCAGUAGUCACAUCAACUACGAUGUUUUCAAAGAUAUCAUGCCUGGUGCGAGCGAUGCCUCAUCGGGUACCGCAACGCCCGCGGAGCAAGCAGCGACGCCUGCACCCGAGCAGCCGCCAGAGUCUGCCUACCAGGCUGUGCCGGCUGGUGAGGGUGACGACGGGGCUGAAGAGGAAGAGUACGGGGAGCAGUAUGCGGAGGAAGAGGAGGAUCUUGAGCACCAGUACCUGAGUGACGAGGAUCAAGGCUUUGACGAAAACGAGAACUACGAUUACUGA